CUGGCCCCCGCCGCCAUGCUGCACUAGAGAGAGAGAGAGAGAGAGAGAGAGAGUGAGAGGGACAAACCAAACUUUGUGACGCUGCGGCUGCACCGAAACUCAUCUCUGCACAUACCGGUACAAAGAGGAAAACUUCCCCACGCAACAUCAGUUUUCAACAGUUUUUAACAAGGGUGGAGGCCAGUAAUACAAAGGCCUUUGAAUUAAAUAGACAGACUGGCAUUGGGACAUUGGCCCUGGCCCUCAACCAUUUCUAACUGUGAAGAAAAGUGAAAAGAAGUUUUAAUGAACCAGUAUUCGCUAGCCGACGCCAUGACAGACAACUUGAGGAUUUUAUAAUUCUCUCCGGAGGAAGAGCGUCGCAUCUUGUAAGGAGCCACAGAGGAAACUUCACAGUUCCGAAGUUAUCAGAGUCUAAUAUGGGAUUUGGCGUGCUGGGAGUGUUCCUGGGGCUGCUCCUCGAGGUCUCCACCCAUGGACCCCAUGCUGUGCCUCGAACUUCCUGGAGACACCAAGAUUUAGAUCUGAUGGAGUUUUCAGAGCCUGGGAUCUUCAACUACUCCACGUUGUUGCUGAGUGAGAAAAAGGAUGCGCUGUAUGUGGGAGCCAGGGAGGCCGUCUUCGAACUCAGCAAGAAGAAUGUGACCAUCAGAAACAACAAGGUUCAGUGGACAGUGGCUGAGGUCCCCAUGAUGAUGUGCACACUCAAAGGAAAAUCAAAAGAGAGGGAUUGUCUGAACUACAUUCGAGUGCUCCAAGUCGUAGACGACGAGCGUCUGUAUGUCUGUGGGACACAUGCCUUUCAACCUCAAUGUGAUUACUUGAAUCUCGCUGACUUUUCACUGGCGGGUCGAGCUGAAGAUGGCAGAGGGAAGUGCUCCUUUGAUCCCUCACAAAGCUUUACUACUGUCAUGGUUGAUGGAGAGCUGUACUCUGGGACAGCUUAUAACUUCUUAGGCAGUGAACCGAUUAUUUCUAGAUACUCACCUUCCCAGUCUCUGCUGAGGACAGAGUACUCCACAUCAUGGCUCAAUGAGCCCAGUUUUGUUUUUGCCGAUGUGAUCAGGGAAGGGAAAAACAGAGCAGAUGGAGAGGAUGACAAAAUCUACUACUUCUUCACCGAGGUGUCUGUGGAGUAUGAAUUCUUUGGCAAGCUGCUCAUUCCCAGGGUGGCACGCGUCUGUAAGGGUGAUCUCGGGGGGCAGCGGACACUGCAGAAAAAAUGGACAUCUUUCCUGAAAGCCAAGCUGGUCUGCUCCAUGCCUGAACUCAACUUUGUUUUCAACGUAGUACAUGAUGUCUUCAUCCUGAAGGGGGCAGACUGGAGAGACACAGUCAUCUAUGGUGUCUUCACCUCUCAGUGGGGUAAUGUAGGAUUGUCAGCAGUGUGUGCGUACAACAUGACAGCUGUGGAAGAGGUUUUCUCCAAAGGCAAGUACAUGCAGAAGGCCACAGUGGAGCAGUCCCACACCAAGUGGGUCCGGUACAACGGCAUCACUCCUUCUCCACGUCCUGGAGCAUGUAUCAACAACCUCAUGCGGCAGCAGAAUAUUAGCAGCUCUCUCCACCUGCCAGACAAGACCCUGCAGUUUGUUAAGGACCACCCCCUGCUGGAAGAUCCGGUCCUGCCCAUAGGCAACGGGCCUCGCCUCAUCACCAAAGACGUCAACUAUACACAAAUUGUUGUGGAGAGGGUCCGUGCGCUUGACAACAACAUUUAUGAUGUCAUUUUCACUGGAACAGAUAAGGGAGUCCUUCACAAGUCAGUGGUAUUUGAUGGAGAGGUUCAUAUUGUGGAGGAGAUCCAGCUCCUGAAGAACUCUGAGCCCAUCAAGAACUUGCUGCUGUCAUCUGAGACACGAUCCUUGUAUGCUGGUUCAGACUCGGGUGUAGUCCAGUCACCCACAGCCUCCUGCGGCAGGUAUCUGUCCUGUGAUGACUGUGUGCUGGCACGAGACCCCUACUGCGCCUGGGACCCUCAAACUGCUGCCUGCAUCAAUAUCAUUGAUAUUCCCAGCCAACGGCUCAGGAAACUGAUCCAGAGCCUGAAUGGUGACGCAGACAAGUGUCCUUCAGUGCCAGAUGUGUCUCUGAAGUACUACCAGCAUGUAAAAGUGAAACAGGGGAGCUCUGCUGAGCUGCCGUGCCUGGUAAACUCCAACCAUGCCCAGGUGAUGUGGAAAUUCAACGGCUCGGCACUCACCGAGGCCUCUCGCUUCCACCUCAUUGGCGAAAACGGUCUCCUUAUUUACAGCGUGGCUCAAGAGGAUCAAGGUCACUACGAGUGCUGGUCAGUGGAAUGGGCCCCAGCAGUCGGGAAGAACUUCAGCCGCCUCCUGGCUGGAUAUGUCCUGACUCUGGAUCCCCCGCCUAGAUCCCCACACCAGACAGGCCACGUGACCACCCCCUUCGUCAACCAGGAGUCGUCUAGCUCACUUGCCUCUGAAGGUAAUGGUAACACAGAAAGAGCCCCACUAACUUCGGCCCUUGCCCCUCCCAGCUUCACAGCCACAGUCCUCUUCACCACUCCACCCCAAACUGAUGCAUCACUAACCCCGCCCCCAAGCAGCACAAUCAAGUCCCAGCCUAAGCUGCACCUCCCAAGCUCCAACGCUCCCCGCCCAGAGAAUGUAGGGGAUCCAUCGGCUGAGUAUUUGCAGCACAACAACAGUACCGCCCUCCUCUUCCUCUUCCUGCUGUUUUUCCUCCUCUUCCUGGCCGCACUGGCGUACAACUGCUACAUGCAGUAUCUUCCUGCUCCCUGCCUGCGGAUGCGAGCUGCUCUGCUGGGCAGUAACAAGAGCGCCCAUCAGCCCGAGUAUCGAGCCUGUGAAGCAGGUCUGAUGGAAACGGCUGCGACAGACAAAAUUAACAUGACAGAGCAACCAACCCAGAAUGGCAGCCAAACCACCCAAAAUGUGCGGGCGCUCCGUGACACCGGGUAUGAGACCGAGCCAGAGUGUGGCAAUGGUAGGAUCCCCUCUCACAGUUUUGGAGAUGACAGCCCAUCCCAGGAGAAACCCUUCGAUGUGGACUGUGAUUCUCAGCCCAUCCAGUUUGCAGAUGCAGAUGAAGCUUACUGAUACUGUUUUGUUUCUCUUGCAUAGAGACUGUUUAUAGGGGAGGGGGUCAAGAUCUUGCUUCAUCAUUGCAAAAUACAAGUGGUGUCCUCUACGUGAAAGUAUGUUCAGCGCGCAGCAUCUCGUGAAAUUUAAUCAUUACAAGACUUAAGUCAGGCAUCCCGCUUUCCUGUAGAGAUUGAACUACUGCUGUCUGAUUUAAUGCAUAUGUGAGUUAUUCAUGGAAGCUACUCCCUCUCAGCUUAGUCCAGCGAAAAAAGCUAUUUCUUAAAUUCCAAAUUGGAAACACUGUUUACCAAAUUGGUAAGUUACUGUGAUGUUUUCCAAAUUGGAGUCGUGUUUUUUGUACAGCCUGGGUGGGAAAAUAAUCUGUUGAAGCUUUUGCAUCUUUUUUUUAAGCAACGUGUAGGCCAUCUGACAUUGGGUGAAUUCUUCAACAUCAUAGUCAUUUCUCAGGGAAGAUUUGCUCAGUACUUUAUAGCCGAGCAUUGAUGUACAGCGUUGCCAUCUGCAGCACCUGGUAUGUGGGCCUUAAUCUCACCCAGUGAGGUGGCAACGUAGGGUUAAAAGAACAGAAAAAGAGACGACUUGCAUGAUAGAAAAAAUGCUGGAAUAAAUCAAACCACUGUCUUCUGAAGAGUUGUCCUGAGUGAGAAUGUUUAGCUUUUCUGUAUUUUAAUUUCCCCCCCCCCCCCCCCCCCCCCGUGAAGUCGACAUUCCUCCAUGGAUACAAGGUCAACUCUCAUGAUCCUGUGUAAUUAACCUCUACUAGUCAUUUAUCCUUAUGUGGUCUGUUAAUAACAUGAAUAUGUACAGUAUGACAUGAUGCUUGAUGAUAUCAUCAGUUAUUUCUCUAAAACUGGAAACAAUUAGUUACAAGUUAUUUUUGUAUUUUUAAUGAAGCCUUUGGUUUUAGAACCUUUUUGAGAGAAUUAUUAUUUAAGAGGAGUCACAUCUGUGGUAAUAUCAUUUUGUCCAUUUGUGUUUAAUUUAUUGCAGCAGAAUUUGAUUUUAGAUGCUCAUUUGUUAGUCUCCCCCUCGUCUGUUUUGCAUGUCCUCCCGUGUGUAGUUUUCCUGUUUUCCUCAAUACUCUCUUUUUCCAUCACUCCCUCCCUCACAGCAUCCUCUCCUGUCGACACCUCAUCUUCACUGUCCUUCUCUGGAAGUAGCACUCCCUCUGCCUUCCCUUCCUCCUCCUCCUCCUCUUCCUCCUCCUCUUCUUCCACCUCCUCCUCUUCCUCUGCCAAGCCCCACAGUGUGGAGGCUCGAGAGGCAGAGGUGAGACUGUUGCCUCCCCUGCUGAAGGACCAGGCCUGGGGGAUUCAUGCCCAAGAGGCCUUUCUGCUCUUCUGCCUGGCCUUGGGUGAGUGGUGCCUAUGACAGCGCACACCUUGACACCCACUCUUGCUUAGUUUGGAAAUCUAUUACUCUCUCUAACUCCCCUUUUUUGCUCUAUACCAUAAUCCCCCCCCCCCUUUCCUUUUCUGACCUUGCAUGUCACCGUUUCCUCAACCUGAAUUAACCGUGAGUGUGUGUGUGUGUGUGUGUGUUUGUGUUUCUUAAAACAAGCCUGCCCUUUGCUUUAAGGUGUCUGACUUGUGGAGGUCUGUUCAUUUUUGUCAUAAGUGAUGUCUUGCAGGACCAAUAUAAUGAGCAAAAUAUAGUUGAAUGUUUAAAAAGACUGGGAUUCUUCUUCUGGGAAGAAAACCUGAUAUUCUUAAUUAAAACGUCAGCCUCUCAGUGAUGUGGUUGUCUCACAGAUUCAAUUGUAUGUCAAUGAAGGGUACAGUUUUGUGUAUAUUUUUGUGAAGCAGCAGUCUGACAUAAAACUUGUAAAAGUUAGUAUGUAAUCGUUUUUAUCCAGUGUUGAGGAUCUCUCCUCAGAACAAAAGACUUAUGGUAGGCUCGCUGUGUUUUAUUUCAAUACUUCAACUGGAUCUUUUUUUUUGUGACUGUAAACAAAUGUAAAUAUAUUUGUAUAUAUGGGAAAUACAAUUUGAAGAUGUACAUAAAUCUAGGGGGACAUUUUUGGGGCUACAUUGUUGGUAGGGAGGCUAAAUAAACCUUGUCAAAUGUU